AUGCGCAUCGCCGUAAUUCUUAGAAAUUUGAGCAUAUGAUUCUUUUCGUUAAUAGAUUACUCAAAUCCCGUUUCAUCAACAUUAUGUUGCUAUGCAACAGAUUGUGCAAUACAAAGAUAACAACACAUGUAUGAGCUGAGCGUCUUGGUUUUCAUUGCAAAUAUUUGCUAGGUAGCAGAGUGUUGAAUAUAUUCAAACCGUGCGCUUCGUGUGCUUUGCUGAAUUAUUAUCCGUAUCAAUACUGCGUUUUGUACGUGCGGGUCAUACACAUAAAAUGUUGCCUCUGAGAAACAAAAUGUUAUUGUACAUGCUUCUUUUAGUUUGUACUGAAACUGUUUCUUCAAAUAUUGUGAGUGAAUCAUCGACAUCGAGAAUUCUGCGAAGAUUGGAUAAACUUGAAGACGAUGUGUUUAUGAUUCGAAAUGAUCUUAUUGAAGACUUGAGAGAUGAACUGCGUAAUUUACGAAAAGAUCUAAAAGAAGAAACAGAAUUAAGAAGGGAGGACAUUUCAACGCUUUCUAACAUAAUAACGGAAUCUUCGGGACAGGUUGUUCUACACAAAAAUAUGGAAGAUUCGAAAAGUCAACAUGGGUCAUAUGAUUGUGGAGCUAUUUUGAGUAAAUAUGACAGUGUAAUUAAUGCGUUAAAGAGCGAAAAAUCCGAAAACAUAUUGCUGCGAAAGGCAUUUAACGAAAUGAGAAAACAACACGACGACUUUAAUUCUAGAUUAAAUAAUGCGGAGAGAAAUUUACGUUCAGAAAUAGACACUAUCAAGAAUGAAACAAUGGCGGGAAUUAGCGCUACACAGAAACGUGUUAACGAUAUUCAAAAAGACAUGAAUGCUCUCUACGGGCUAUUUCAUUCAGAUGAAUCAUUGACAAAUCGUUCAUUGAAUGCUUUACAGAACAUAUCUGAUAUAACAUCAAAUACUGCAAAUCUUUCAACGUCGAAUGAAAUCUUGAAGAACGUAAGUGAUGAUAUCAUUCGACGUCAAAGUAAAAACAUAAAUUCUUGUGACGGUGUGGCGGUGAGUGGUGAAUACGUAAUAAAUCACACUUCCUACCCAUAUGGUAUGAAGGUUUAUUGUGAUGUGGACUCCAAGAACAAGGGUUGGAUGGUUAUUCAGAGGAGAAUUGACGGGUCUGUGGAUUUCAAUCGCAGUUGGACCGAUUACAAAGCUGGCUUCGGUAACUUGAGAGGCGAAUUCUGGUUGGGAAAUGAGCAUAUCUACCAGCUGACUAAGGAAAAACCGAGAGAGCUGAGGAUAGAUAUGGAGACGUUCGAUGGAACAAAGCGGUAUGCGUUGUAUUCUGCCUUCUGUGUUUUAUCUGAGUCUGAGAAGUAUAAGCUCCAUGUGGCCGGAUACUCUGGAGACGCAGAAGACAGUUUAGAACGUGGGCAUAAUAAUCAGUCGUUUUCAACUUUCGAUGUCGAUAAUGACCGAUCGUCACGAUGCUGUGCUUGCAAGUACGGAGGAGGUUGGUGGUAUUACUCAUGUUUCUACGUACAUCUAAACGGAAAAUACGUUACAGAAAAGGAGACGGUUCCUUACUUGGGAGGAAUCCAUUGGUAUCACCUCACUUUGUAUUAUACAUCUUUGAAAUAUGUGCAAAUGAGCAUACACUAAAAGUGCACUUUUAUUUUUUAUAUACCAUGAUACAAGUAUCGGUGCCACCAUUAAAAUGUACAUAUAUCAUUCGUGUAUCGCCUUCGCAAACGAUGUUACUAAACUUUAAAAAUAAAAUAUAUUUACAAAAUUCAACUUAAAAUAUAUAUGUGCUGUUACACAAUCUAUAUUUGUUUCUAAUGAAUUGUGUUACAAACAUGUACAGAAUAUAUAACCUAAACAUUAGUCAUAUUAUUAAAAAGGUCGAGCACAAUCGUUAUUUUGCCAUUCAUAAGUACAUCAUGCUUCUUCAAUUAUUGUAUUCAGUGCUUCUGAGUUAUCAUAUGAUCACUAUUUAAGUUCGCGCAGACAGACAAAUGAAAAACAACCGUAAAAUUCGAUAAACCAAAAAAACUGAUAACUUUGCACACAAAAAAGAUUUAUCAGAAGUGGUCAGACCACUCAAUUGUUGCAAUCUGUGGACAAGUUUGCUUAUUUCGUGUCUUGUAAAAAAAUCUCGUAAUGAAACAGCAACGGAUAAUUUGCGCUUCGUAUCAAUUCUAUAAUAACCUGUCACAAUUAUAGUGACAGGCAUAACAACGUGCAAAGUGCGAAAGAAGAAUAAAUAUAUGCUUAAAGUGAAAAUAUUUAAACGUUAGUGUUGGUGUUUUCCUUGAAAACCUCAUACUUACUUUGUAUAGCAUGUUGGCAACAAAAUAUCAAUUUGACAAGUCUUCAACACAUAUAACAGUAAUAAUGUACUUGCUCCGUUGAUAACAUCAAAACUAGUUUAUACCACAUAAAUUGAAUUCAUGUCCGUAAAUUAAGAUGCAUUUGUAAUUUAAGAAACAAAACAAGAGCUGUCAUCAUAGGAUGACAUAAGCCCCCGAAAAACGUUUUUUUGAAACCCAAACGCUUUUUCGAAACCAAAACGCAUAUUUCGGAACCUAAACGCGGAACCUUAAACAUGCAUAACAGAUAUUAAGCUUACAUCUGAAGCGACAUAGAAGUUAUGAGCAUUUUUCGAAACCUAAACACAAAGUGUGACGGACAGAUAAACAGAUGGACGGAAAUACGAUCACUAUACGCCCACAUUCGCUUCGAGGGCAUAAUUAAGUUAAUUAUUAGUAUGUAUGCAUAUCAGUUUACCAACAUUUGAAAAUAAGAACGUGUGAGAUAAUAAUACACCUUAUGUGUGUACAAUUGAGGAAAUACGCACGGAAUUUGGUAGACGCUUUAAAAGACUAUCUGUCAACCAACUACUCAGUGUAAUAACAUUGUAGAAUUGGUGAUUAUUAUUGCAGCCGAAUGUGCCUUUUUCUUGCAAAAAAACUGUUUAGAAGAGGAAAUCGAUUGAAUAUAUAGUUUUUAACACGUAUCAUAUUCAGGAUGAGACCAUUUACCAACUGACUGAAUACAUACUGGUUAAUAGAAACUUCAAUCAUCCGCAGAUGAAAGCUACGAGUCCAGUGAUGUGAAUACUUUGAAUGUUAAACUGAACAUUUCUUAAAGAGAAGAAACACCAAUCACAUGACUGUUGUCUCGUUGAAGUAUAUGCACGUGUUUAUAGCAUUAACCAUGGUUGAUGCGUAUGUGCCAUGAUUAGUUUAGUGUUCAAAAUACAUUGUAUAUAAUACAUAAAGUUCAUUAAAUUUUGUUUUCCUAGGUUUUAUGAUGUAGUUAGUUUUUCUGUAUGUUCUUAUUAUUCGUGUUUAUGUAUGGAGUUAAUUAAAUAUUCGUAACUUAUGAUUUGUAGAACGAACAUUUUAUAUGUAUAUAAACAAUUAAAAAUUCA